UUGUUGCCGAUUCCACCGUCGCAUAUAUAUGCAACAAGCAACAACACUCAUAAAUUAUUAAGGUUGUCCCAAUCCGAGUAUGGAACGGCGAUCCAGUUCCAAGGCUCGGAGUAUAUCCUAUUUAUUCUUCUUCCGCGCCAGAAUAUGUUUUUCGGCUGCAUAGCUUCACAUCUGUCCGUGAAAACAAGACCUGUUGAGGGAAUACUUGUUGUCCUAGAGUGCGGCUGCGCAAUGUAUAACAAAAUGGCCGUUUAGGGAUCGAUCAGUUUCUGACAACAAUGUUGACUGUUUAAAAAGGCUGCAUCAUCGGUGAGUAAAAAGUCUGCAUGAAUAAUCUACGUGGAAAGCGGGGUCGAACCUAGUUGAAUGAAGCACGUAUCAGCUUGAUAAGCUUCUCAUGGAGGACUUUGUAAUUAAUUGAAGUCCUGCGAUGAUGUCCAUAUAAGCAUUAAAGUAUUCAGAAACAGAAAUGCGUUGUUUAUUACCUAUCAUCAGGCCGUGCAGUAAUAUAUGUCACCCUAGAGUAACGAACAGUAGCGAUGGGGAGAGUUUUCAGUGCGUCAAGACAUGUAUGAACGAGCGGUGAAUUAAAGUCACGUUCUCUCAGGGAGCAGGGUGAGAGGGAGGAUGAACCAGUGAGCUGUGUUUGCUUUUCGUUGCGGUAACGCAAUGACAAGUAAUCUAAAAACGAUACGUUUGCCGACUUUGAUUUUUAUUUGAUGUACCCGGAUUGUUAUAACGAGUCCCAAUCAAAUUUUGAAACGAGACAUCUACUUAUUUUAACGCAAAUUUUCACGAAACGAACCUUCUUGACAUUAAUGCACCACGCGCUAGUCUUUUAAAAUAAGGCUCUACAUCUGGAUGUGAACAAAACGCUUCAGUGUAAUGGUGACCCGAACGAGCGUUCAAAGUAGAUGUCGGACCUCCAAACUGGAGGAGGCGCGUACACCAUUUCCAUUCAUUAAUUUUCCGAGAUUUGGUUUUCUCUAGCUAAUUUUGCGACCAUCAGCGCUUAUUUGAGCCCCACAUUGUCUUUUAUUUUUAGUCCUCAGGCCAAACGAGAGAGUUCACUGAGCGCCGAGGUAUCAGUGACUGACGUGGAGGCCUGCAUGGACCGUCUGGGCGAGGAGAUUUUCUGGCUGAAAGAGAACGGUCUUUUGAUUCCGCUGAACAAUACUCAAGCUCACUAUGCAACACAACGGGACUCAGAAUUUUGGUGCGGUGCGGAGUUCAGCAAACAGUCUCCCGCAGCACAUUUGGCGGCCCCACGGCUCUGCUCCAGUUGGGUACGCAAGAAAUCUCAAGAGCUGUCAGUAAGUUCUCCGACGCGGUCAUGAGAAGUAAUGUCUUUUGUUAAGUCGUAGGAGAAGUAUGUACGACGACUAGUUCGGACAUAUCCCUACUAGUUGGCGUUUGAACUUUAUGGUGACUGGAUUCUAUUUCUCAGCAAAUUCUCCUAAUGCAUCUCAUAGUGACAGUCUAGUCGGUUAAUUGUGAUCCAUCCAUAGGCUAGAAUUAAGAACCGUAAUCCCCAUGGUUAGAGUAGGAAAAGAGGGGGUUAAGUAGGACAAAUACGUCAUUUCAGCCUGUCUCUCCCUUUUCGUUUAUAUCAGCUGCGCUCGUAAAAAACCUUCAGUCGUAACCUAGACCAGAGAGGGGCAAGUCCGCGUCAGAAAUUCAAAUUGUGGCCGGUGUCACGUAGCACGCGGAGUGUGCCUAGCACAGCUUAGUGAUUUUGAACCGUUGGAAGUAAUAGGGUGUCAGACUUGGGCCUUUCAUUGCAACGCAAGUUACUUUUAAUUUAGUCCUAUGUUAAAGCAGUACGUAUUUCUUAAGAUGAUGUAAGUUUUGAAAGAACAUUCCCACACACCUAGGAAUGCGGUUGGUCUGCGAAUGUACUUUUUGUAUGGACAAUUCAAUGGACUUUGGGACAAGUACAGAGGACACACAUGACUAAGCAACGUUCUGCGGAAGAAUAUGAAAAUGUCGUCGGUACUGCAUAUUAACCGUAAAUGUAGGAGUAGGUAUUCAGUACUGUCAUUAAAAGAAACAAUAAAAGACAUAAAAAAGUGUUAACAAGGAACAGGUGCACGACAAUUUUUUUGGCUUACCACAGCGAACAAGCUCCAAAUUUAAUGGUUAGUGACAGGCGAUCACCUAGCAGGUCAAGAAAGUAACCAAACAAACAGUAAAAAUUUAGAUUCCCAACCAAGCCAUGAAGGACUAGGAUCAUAAACGAGGAACGACUGACAUGGCCACUUUUGGAUUAUUAACCUUUGUUACUCAGCCAUAUUCUGACCCGUGUUUCGAUAACCUGGAGUUCGAACUGGAUUUGUCUGUCAUAGUAUAGUAGGAAGGCCAACUCGUGAAAUGUCAACCGAAAUUCCGAAAUGUGUUUUCGAUCUGGCUGCAUGCAAAAACCACGCUCUGUAAAAAAUGACUGCUGAAGUAGGAUGCAUUUUUCUCAUUAAUUUUCGAUGACCCUAAAAAUUCAAUCACAUUUCAUGGAAAACAUGCAUAAAAUAUUCAUUCUUCUGCUCAUUCGGUAAAAAAUCCGUUUUCUACUUUUACCCUGGAAGGAAAGGUAUAAUUCCUUUUAAAAAAUGUUCUAAUUGUGAGAUUUUUAAAUACCGUGAAAUGGCCGUUCAUAAAACGUCAUGUCUCUGCGUUUACCAAUGCGGUCUGUAAAGUUAGCAAUAUGGCUCAAAUCCACCGCUAAAUUUUAUGAACCCCAUAUACUCUCCUUUUAAUUUCGUAGAGAGAUGCAUGGCUUUCGUACGCGAAAAAUAUACGGCAUGUAGUUUGGGAACCCUGAAUGCAAGUGUAACGGCUGGUCGCGAUUCAAAAUUAUUCGGGAAUUGGAAAGGUUUGUUUAAACUGAAUGAUACACUCCUUCGAGUAAAAAAUUGGAGGGAGACGUAAUGUUCUGCCGAAUGAGCGACAGAAUGAACAUUUUUACGCAUGUUUUCCAUGAAGUAUAAUUCAGUUUUCAAGGGCACCGAAAAUCAAUUAAAAAAAUGUAUGCUAAUUAAGUAGUCGUUCUGGCAGAGUAUGGGUUUUGAAUGCAUCAGGAAAGAGGUUCUUUCGAAAGCAGGAAUCCUGAGGUAACUGAAUUAUUUUAGAAUUAUGCGACAAGAUGAUUAGUUUUACAACAAUAUUUAAUUAAUCUUUUUGAAACUCAUUUCCUAAUUUCGGCCGACAUUUCAUGAGUUAGCCCACCUACCCAACGUUAUGUCCAAAAGUCUACCCUUGAGGUAGACGACGGUUAAUAUGCCAGAAAUGCUCUUUCCUGCCUUCCUUACCCCUAGCGAUGUUAUUUUCCUGCGUCAAUACUGGUUGCUAUGCCUGAGAGCGCUCAAAAUUGAGCCCCAAGACGCAACGGAAGAAGCGUUCUUACCACGAUGUUUAUAUGCCUGUUCUUUGUAUUUAUCAAGCGCAUUUUACUGGCAAUAUUAACUUUCAUAAUAACAUACUUGGAACUACAAAACGGCGUGAAGGGACUGAGAAGAUGAGAGGGUAAUUUCGGGCGUCGUCUCCAGAAUUGGUCCUCUUCUUGUUUUUCCUAGAGAAAAUGUCAGGAGUGUUGCAUUUGCUGUUAAAAUGUGCAUUUGGAAUGCAGACCGACUGUCUCGUCGAAUCCCCAGGCGCGGCGGCUCAUGCGGAUGGGGUUUCGGGGUGGCGAUUAAUCUCCAUAGGGCUGACGAGACGUUAAUUCUCGGCCUCGCGAAGGAAUCUGUCUCUCCUCCCCUCCCCUGUUUGUUUAUGCGCUGAUCUCUGUUUCAGGACAGACCGAAACCUGGGGAAGGGUGACAGACGACUUACUAGUGCGCUGAAUCUUGAGGCUCUCUUACAGGAUGGGCGCACACGGCUUAGGGCCAGGAUUACGGUGCACUUGCAUGGAGCGAGCAGUCAUUCGAGGCCCCUGUAUGCCCCAGCCACAUAUGACCUGUUAAUUCCGCCGGGGUUUCAGUUUUCUCAUCCAACGGGCCCGUGGCUCAAUGGUAGAGUGUCAAAUUCCAUGAUCGAAGAUCCCGGGUUCGAAUCUUAAGCGAUCGACACUUGCCGUUGGGUAGGGCUGGCUGAUGAUGGCAUAUAAGAAAAAGGCAAAGGUGGCGAAACGUGCGGGAUCUAAAGAGGCACAGAAUUUCAAACCUCUUAUUCAACUGCCCACACUCAUUGCGCAUUUAUCAGAUAAGGUAAACUGUUCAAUCAGAGAUCGACCUAGAGGGAUGAAACGUGAUAGGUAAAUAAAACAGAUUGUUGGUCUGAUACGUGCGUGCACAUGGCGAGGGGGAAGGGGGAGGGAAGAUAGAUAGAUAUGCGAGUUCACAUUGCAGUGAAAACCUGUCAGACGUGAUUACAAUUCAACACGCGGAACAGCAGUCAGUCAUUUGGGGGGAAUGAGAGGAGGGGUGUAGGAAUGGGGUCAUGGUCAUUAUCGAUUCUUACCAUGGCAGUGCCAGCUUUAUCACGUGAUCCAGCCGCUUACAGCGUUCCAGUUUACACCUCUAUAUUGCAACGCCUUCAGCAAAGCGCAGGAGACGCCCAAUCGUCGCCCGAAGUAGGACCUUAAAUGCAGUCAUUGGCUCCACUGUAUGGUCCAUGUCCACUAGGUGCUUCGUAAUUGAACUCCUGGGUUUCCGCCCUCAACAGAAACUUCAGCAUGCGUUCAGCUGACCGAGUUGCCAACUACCUUUGCGUGCACCCAAUGUAUUUGCAUCCGCAACUACAUGUAAACUCAUAAAUACAGUUUGAUUUGGCGUCCCUCGGCAGAUUGUCUUUAGCCGUUGUAGUGCUUGUGAACAACAAUUUAGAGAAAGGCGGCAAAUAAGCCAGAAAUGGCCAUUCUGGUCUCCCUUGUUUUUAUUGGUAUUAUCUCAUUAACCUCGUUCAAAUGUGACCGUAGCCUCUCCUCGUAACUCUACAAGUUACUUCCGAAAUGAGUACGAAGCGGGGACCAACAUACUGUAUUAGACAAACUAAGGAUCAAAGUGCUUUACCCUGUAGUUUAGGUGACAUUUAAUUCCAGCGAUGCUAGUCAUUCGUUCAUAAGGAACUACUGGCGAUUCAGUAUAAAAUCUUCCGACGAAUAUUUCCAUUUGGUCACCUUUUCACUCGUCCGUCUGAUGAUGUAUAUUGAUGGUUGUUUCCAGUGUUUCCGUAGCCAGAAUCCACCUAUUCGUUUUGCAAACAGGCAACGGCUGCUGACUGUGCUCCGCUUGCUUCAUGGAGGCCUGGAUAUUAGGGAAGGCUGAAGUCAAGACUUUCAUGAUAUUGCUAACUCAUCCCACGUGACAAACCAGUUUGUCAUAGUCCAUAGUGGUGGUGCUCUAGUUCCAUUUAGGCAGAAAAUUCAAAAAACCUGCGAUAUCCGACCUCGAGACGGAUUCUAACCGAAAUCAUCCCUGUUUAUCACUGCCGGGUUUUACUUAAAGGUCCACAUCUGCGUCAAAUCUGCUUAAUUCUUUCCUAUUGCAGCGCUCGUCCCCCUUCUGUUCGAGUUGGGCAUUUCUCGCGGCUAGAUCGCAGUUGGUAGCCAGGCCCUGUAUCAAAGAUGGCGGGGGGUUGUUUACUAAGGCUAUCUGGUGGAGUUCCACAGUCGCAUCUGACCCAUUUGACUUCCGUUUUACGUUUGAGGUUAGGAUUAGGCUGCCGGUUAAUGAUUUCCGAUUUUCGGGUUAGCUUUAUGCCUUUAAGCUUUGGUUUCAGGGUUACAGUUGGGGUUUGAGCGUACGAUUAGGUUUCAGUAUUACGGUUAGGUUUUCCAGUUACGGCUAUGUUUAACAGCUACGGUUCCGUUUACAGUUUCGGUUAGGGUUAGAGUUAGGGUUGCCGUUAGGGUUAACGGUUAUCGUUUAAGGUUGAGGUUAGGGUUAGGGUUAAGGUUAGGAUUACGGUUAAGGUCGCCGUCCGCUUCCUCAUUCCUGGCUAUCAACUGCGAUCUAGUCGUUCUCGCAUUUAUCAGAGCAAUAUUCUGCUUAUUGCACUUAUGGCCUCCGUCAAGUCUCGUUUGCGAAUUUCAAUCAUCCUCGUAAAUGAGAUUCGUCUUGAAACUUCAACAAAUACGUGACGCGUGACAGUAAGGAGAAAAUAUGCAGCAAGCAGGCGUAGCUGUCCUGACUUUUCGGGUAGAGCGCCCGGUGUGAUUCCCAAUGGUCUGCGAACCGCCGCCGUCCCUCGUAACUUGCUUUCCGACUGCGGACGGUCUAUGUUUCCCACUGUGCCAUGAAAGAAAUGGUUUGGAUAAUAAAAAUCGCCGUAUUUUUGAUUUCUGUUUGGCCUAGAGGCAUGAAACAUUAUAAGUAAAUAAAACAUAGACCGUUGGCCUGAUAUACGGGUGCGCAUGGCGAGGGGAAAGGGGGGGCAGUUAUCUGAGCAAACGAGUUUACAUUAGCGUGAAAACAUGUCAGGCGUGAUUAAAAUUUAACACGCGCGGCGGCGGUAAGUCAUGCGGCGGGGGAGGGGAAGGAGGGAAUAGGCGUGGGAAUGGGCUUAUGGUAAUUAUCGUUCCUUACCAUGGUAGUGCGAGGUUGAUCACGUGAUCCAGCUGCCUACAGAGUUCCGGCGCUCAAAUGACUCGCUGCAAAAAUUCUACACCAAAUCCUAUUUUUACGUGUCGAUUUGCGCACGUAAUGGACACUUAACAAAAAAUAUAAUGCUGGAGCCGCGUGUAUUCAGUUAGAAGAAUGUACAUCACUCAAUUUUCACCUUUCACGCGUCUUUCGCUCCCAAAGAAACUGGAUGCUGCUUUAAAAUUACACGAGAAUCGGACCGCACAGCUCUGUCACAUAUCAGAACAGCUUAGCAGCACCUGCGAGGACCCCAGCAUGCGGGACCAGUUACGGGAGGCCGCUGAUGAGCUGCACAUUUCCAUGGAAACCGCUCGAGGUAUUGUAAAUCGUCGACGCACGCGUUUAUCCACCUGGCAGUCAACCUGCGCCACAUUUGAAUCCGCCCUCCUCAUGGACGCUGACGGCGAGGAAGUCAAAGGGGAGCAAACCCUGCCAGUGUGGAUCGCCACCAUCCGGCAGAGACUACAGCAAUCUGGGCCUGAUCUGACCUCUCCGGAUUUCCAGAAGGAACUGGUAAGACCGCAGGUUCUACUAAAAAUGAUUUGA